UCCAAGCUCGGAAUCCCUCCGCUGAAAUGGAGCAAGAAGCUCGCCGACUUCGCCGCCUCUUGGGCGCACACGAGGCAGGGGGACUGUGAGCUCAUCCACUCCGACACCAGCUACGGCGAGAACCUGUUUUGGGGGAGCGGCAAGCAGUGGAGCCAUGGCGACGCAGUGGCGGCGUGGGCCGCCGAGAGAUGCUACUACGAUCACGCGGCGAAUUCGUGUAGAAAAGGUCAGGAUUGCUUGCACUACACCCAGAUGGUUUGGAGGCAGAGCACGCGAAUUGGGUGUGCUCGAGUUGUCUGUAAGAGCGAGCACGCGAAUUGGAGAUUUUCUGCUUCUACUCCCACCGAACUGAUGGGACUCUUGAUGAUCCUUAUCUUGAUCUGUCCCCUCCUCGGUGGGAACGUCCGGUCUUGCUUUCUAGAAGACCCGAAUACCAUUUCAUCCACUCCGGCACCAGCUACGGCGAGAACCUGUUCUGGGGGAGCGGCAAGCAGUGGAGCCACGACGACGCAGUGGCGGCGUUGGCCGCCGAGAGAUGCUACUACGAUCACGCGGCGAAUUCGUGUAGAAAAGGUCAGGAUUGCUUGCACUACACCCAGAUGGUUUGGAGGCAGAGCACGCGAAUUGGGUGUGCUCGAGUUGUCUGUAAGAGCGAGCACGCGAAUUGGAGAUUUUCUGCUUCUACUCCCACCGAACUGA